AUGAUGUCUUAUCUUAAGCAACCACCUUAUGCAGUCAAUGGCCUGAGUCUCACAACCUCGGGCAUGGAUUUGUUGCAUCCGUCCGUCGGUUAUCCCGGGCCUCUGGCUCCGUUCGCAGCCACCCCGCGGAAGCAGCGGCGGGAGCGCACGACCUUCACCCGGGCGCAGCUGGAUGUGCUGGAGGCUCUUUUCGCCAAGACCCGCUACCCCGACAUCUUCAUGCGGGAGGAGGUGGCUCUGAAAAUCAACCUGCCCGAGUCCAGAGUGCAGGUGUGGUUUAAAAACCGCCGAGCCAAAUGCCGGCAGCAGCAGCAGCAGCAGCAGAACGGGGGCCAGAACAAGGUACGGCCGGCAAAGAAGAAGAAUUCUCCAGCCCGGGAAGUGAGCUCAGAGAGCGGGACCAGCGGGCAGUUCACUCCCCCCUCCAGCACCUCAGUCCCCACCAUCUCCAGCAGCAGUGCCCCUGUGUCCAUCUGGAGCCCGGCGUCCAUCUCCCCGCUCUCAGACCCCCUGUCCACCUCUUCCUCCUGCAUGCAGAGAUCCUAUCCCAUGACCUACACCCAGGCAUCAGGCUACAGCCAAGGAUACGCUGGAUCGACCUCCUAUUUCGGAGGGAUGGACUGUGGAUCUUACUUGACCCCUAUGCACCACCAGCUGCCCGGGCCGGGGGCCACCCUGAGUCCCAUGGGCGCCAACGCGGUCACCAGCCACCUCAACCAGUCUCCAGCCUCCCUCUCCACCCAGGGCUAUGGAGCCUCCAGUUUGGGCUUUAACUCCACCACCGAUUGCUUGGAUUAUAAAGACCAAACCGCCUCCUGGAAGUUAAACUUCAAUGCUGACUGCUUGGAUUAUAAGGACCAGACGUCGUCAUGGAAGUUCCAGGUUUUGUGA